UAUACUACCGGAACAGUUAAAUUAAGUAUCAAGUUUUGUUAUAUAAUUAAAAGAACCAUUUUAAAAAUAUUAUUAAUAUGUAGUAAUUAUAAUCUAAAUAAUUAAUGAUUUUACGAGUUGUUUUGGAUUAUAUAAUUUUAAUAUUUAGAAUAUCCAGAUACUGUAAGCGUUUCCAUUUCCGUUUAGAUUACGAUACUUUUCAAAUUGUUGGGAGUUCUUAUAAAACUAGAUGUAAGGGCCGAGAGAGCCUCACUUUUUACUGCACCGUCACCUAGACACCUAGUUAAGGGGAACCUCUGCCCGAAAAUAAAAUAAAGUGAAAGUGCCAGCCAUCUUUAUUUUUCGCCAUCCUUCGCCACCUGUUAUACCUCAGAAGUGGGAUCAGCCCAAGAUGUCCGGCCCAUAUGCUGCUGGUUUGGGCAUGAGGAAGAGGACAAUCAGCCACGUGUCCACCACCGACGACGAAGAAAACGAAGAAAAUUUUUUUUCUUCCAACGACGCCAUGCCUGCUCCGACGAAAAGACGGCGAGUCACACAUGCCGACGCUGAAGUAGUCCCAAAAUUUCGACCAGAAGACAGCAACAGCAGCGUCAGUAGCUGGCUACACAAGAUCGACCAGCUGGGAGACGUCUACGGAUGGGACGCGACCGAGAAGCAGUUCGUGAUGCAACUCCGCCUGCGAGGUUCAGCUCGACGUUGGUAUGACGAGCUAGAAAACUACAAUCUACGCUGGGAAGAUUGGAAAAGUGCACUACGAACUGCAUUUCCACGAUCAACUGACUACGUGGAUCGUCUUGAGGCCAUGUUGUCCAGAACAAAAAAGGACACGGAAACCAUGACAAACUAUUUCCACGACAAAGUUUCACUCCUCAAAAAGUGUGAAAUAGAAGGUGAAAGUGCAAUCUCAUGCAUUAUUCGUGGUCUGCCUGUGGAACUGCGCGCUAAUGCUAAAGCGUAUCAAUGCGAAACACCUGAGCUUCUCUAUUACGGCUACCUGUCGUCACUAGAAAACUACCGAAAAGUCGAAGCGGCUGCAUCAACCAAGCGGUCAACAUGGAGAAGAGGCGCGACUGACGUAUAUGUCGCAACAUCACAGCCGUCUGGAGUGAAGCGGUGCUACGCGUGCCGACGAGUGGGACAUGACGCGCGGGACUGCCGGACUCAACAACGCUGCGACACCUGCCAGCGGGCCGGCCACACCUCUACCACCUGCUGGUUUGCAUCCGCCCCAAGUUCAUCUCGGGCACCGGUGCAGCAGGCGCCAUCACGGGUGAGUCGUAUUAUGUUUACAACUAUUAGUACCUGUCAGGACAUCUAUAAACGACUAGUUUACAUUGGUGCGAUUGUCCUAUUAGCAUUCAUUGAUACUGGCAGUAAAUUGAAUAUACUUACAUCAAAGCGGGCCAAAAUGCUAGAUCUUAAUGUCGUUCCAUCGGAUAUAGUCACGAAAUUACUGAAGGUACUAUACGACCAGGUCAAAACAAAAUUAAUUGUGUUUCCGAGUAUCGUCAACCUCGAAAUGUCCACGAGAUCAGACAAUUUAUUGGAUUAA